AUGCGCACUCUCUUUCUCCCCCUCCUCUCCCUCUUCUUCUGCCAGCUCGCCUCGGCGGCAAUGGGCACCUCCUGUCUCAAAGUCAUCACGGCUCUCGCCAGUCGUCCCAGCGAUAUCUUCGAAAGCUUCCAAUCCGAAAUCUGCGCGCGAGGCUGCAAACCAACCGUCCCUCACUGGGAUCUCUGGACGCGCAACAACUCCUUCGUCCCCGCCGUCCACAGCAUCACGAAGCGCCUCAACGCCCCCGGCCAGGAAGCGGCACUGAUCAAACUGGGCGACGAAGCCGCAGAAACCAUCAAGGCGCGCUGCGGACCGAUGAUUGAAGGCAAAGAUAUCUGUACCGAUGCAGAGACGCUGGCUGGGUUUGGGAAUUGCUUCAAGCGCCAGUUUGUCCGGUCGGCGAUUGUCAACCUGCACGUCCUGCUGCCCAUGGCGUCGGAGGAAGCCUGUCGAGAACAAUACGAAUACCUCAAAGACGACCAUUUAUGGACUCAGAUCAUCCCGAACAACAUGAGGGAAUAUGCGGGGGCUUGCAAGCCAACACCCGCAAAAACCUACCCUCGAACCCGCAAGUGGCUGCGUCGUCUUGUCUACCUCUCUCUGGCCACCGGUGUCGUCUAUGCGAUCGACUCUCAGUUCUAUGCCUCCUCCUUAACUCGAACCGCUCGCACCUUUUCUCUCGGUCUCUUCGUCGCUCUCGACUAUAAAAUCAAUUUCACUCCCAACCCCCCUCUGGCAAGUUCCAUCACUGCCGUCCAUGCCCGCAAUGCCGAACGACUCUCCGACCUGCUGCGUCAUAAUGGCGGCCUGUACCUGAAAAUCGGCCAGGCGAUCGCCAUGCAGUCGGCUAUUCUACCGCCGGAGUUCCAGAAGAUGUUCCACCGCAUGUUUGACGAUGCACCGCAGAAUGACUGGAAGGAUGUGGAAAAGGUCAUCCGGGAGGACUUUGGCAAGUCCGCCGAAGAGGUCUUUGGUGUUUCGUUCACGGGCGAUCCGUCCAAAGGUGUCAUGGAGCGCAAGGCCAGAGCUAGUGCCAGUGUAGCUCAGGUGCAUUGGGCCCGGUUGCCCGAUGGCCGAGAGAUUGCGAUCAAGAUCCAGAAACGGGAAAUCGCCCAGCAGUUGGCGUGGGAUUUGUGGGCUUUCAAAGUGGUAUCUUGGAUAUAUAGCCGUGCGUUUGAUAUCCCCUUCUAUAGCCUUGUGCCCUACGUCACCGAGCGUCUGUCGCUGGAAACCGACUUUGAAAACGAAGCGAACAACUCCGAAAACAUGGCUAAGCUGGUCGCGGGCGAAUCACGCCUUCGCGGCCGGGUCUACAUCCCUAGGGUAUAUCGCGAGCUCAGCUCCAAACGUGUCAUGACUGCCGAAUGGGUCGAGGGUGUGCGCUUGUGGGAUAAAGAUUCCAUCACUCGGUCCUGGCGGGGAGGCUGGCGACAGGGUACUCCGGGCUGCCACGGCACUGCCCUUGAUCCCUCGAAUAUCGAAGAUGCUUCAGCCAAGGUGGCUAAGAAUCCGAACCUGGCCAAGAUCAAGCCCGAGCGCGAGCACUGGCGUGGGUGGAAUGGCAAAGGCGGAUUGGGCCUGUCGCUCAAGGACGUGAUGACGACCAUGGUUGACCUGUUCUCUGCUCAGAUGUUCCUCUGGGGAUAUGUACACUGUGACCCCCAUCCGGGUAACAUCUUCGUUCGACGUACACCCUCUGGCCAGCCGGAACUGGUCCUUAUCGAUCACGGCUUGUACAUCCACAUGGAACCUGAAUUCCGCCACCAAUACGCCCGAUUCUGGAAAGCCCUGCUAACCUUUGACAACAAAUCGAUGGGCGAGAUCGUCAAGACCUGGGGCGUCAAAAACGCCGACAUCUUCGCAUCCGCUACCCUGAUGCGACCGUACGGCGGCGGAGACCUGACCACCCGCAAGAGUCUGGAAGGACUCAGCAAGUCCGAGCGCGCUCAGCGUCACUACGAAAUGCAACAGAAAGCCCGACAGGGCAUCCGCGAGAUCCUCGGCGACGAAACCAAAUGGCCCCACGAACUGCUUUUCAUCGGUCGCAACCUGCGCAUCGUCCAAGCCAACAACCAAUUCCUGGGCUCGCCUGUCAACAGAGUCAAAAUCACAGGUACCUGGGCGUCUCGCGCGCUGGUCGAGUCCCCGGAUCUUCCGCUGGGCGAGAAGAUUCGGAACUACGGCCGACAUAUCGUCUUCCGCUUGGUGUUGUUCACGACCGAUAUCUUCUUUUAUUUCACCAAGAUACGCCAGUUUCUGCGACUGGGUGGUGGCAUGGAGGAUGAUAUCGAGGCGCAGAUGCGGAAUGUGGCAAAGGAUAUGGGGGUUGAGUUGAAUCAGAACGUGUUUGAGGGGUGA